AUGUUCACUAGAAAAUGUAUACACCAGGAUAAACAGCCUCUCCAAUUCUCCCCUCUCUCUAUCUAUCUAUCUCUCUCUAUCUCUCUCUCUCUCCGCCGAUUUCUCACCCUCUUUCCACUGCUAUCUCUCUUUUCCUCCUUCACUUCAUUAUCUAUCUAUCUAUCUAUCUAUCUAUCUAUCUAUCUAUCUAUCUAUCUAUCUAUCUAUCUAUCUCUCUCUCUUUCUUUUUUUUUCAUCUACCUACCUCCGCCAUUACUUCCUACCUCUUUUCUUUCUUCCAUCUUUCUUUUUACUAGUUUCUUUCACAUUCUCCCUUUUAUGACUCAACUUUAUAUUUUAUAUAACAAUCUACCCCCGAGCCUACUCACGCUCUUCUUUCUUCUAUCUACCUCAUUCUUGCUAUUCUUUCCGUUUCCAGAGCCUCCCUUGUUGCAUUACUUGCUCCCUCUCUCUCUUUCACUCUCCUCUCACUCUCUUCUCUCUUUCUCUCACUCUCUUCUCUCUUUCUCUCACUCUCUUCUCUCUUUCUCUCCCUCUCUCUCUUUUCCUUCUUCUUGUUCUCCUCUUUACCCACUUUCUCAUACUCCCCUCAUUUUUAUUUUUGUUAUUUUGUGUACGAUUUGUACACUGGCACUUUUAUUCCUUCUUUCGUUUUUCAUCGUUCUCUCUCCUUCCCUCUCUUACUUUCACUCUGUGUGCGUGUGUGUUUAUUUCUCUUAA